AUGAGCCUUAAUCCAAUGAUCGCGAAGCAGAAACCAAAUGGAAAUAUUCAGUGCUUGGUGUGCAAUGCAGAGAUUAAGCCGAAAAUCUGGACGGCACAUGUUAAUGGAAAGAAGCACAGAGAUAGUAUUGAAAAGUUGAAGACAAGUGCUCAGAAGCGUGGAAAGGAGAGUUCAACCAGAAAUACAGAUGAACCACCGAAUAAGAAACAAAAGGAAGUACCAAAUCAGGGACCAACGACUCUACCCACAGACUUUUUCGAUGAUGAAAGCACUCCGUUCCGUAAAGAUGAUUCAAAAACUGCCACUGUAGGCCACAACUCUAACCUGAUUGAAGGUGUUCCUGCCGGAUUUUUCGAUGAUAAGCGGUUGGAUGGAAAUGUUCGUGAAACUCGUGAAAGAAAUGCCGAACUCGAUGCCGAAUACGAGCGAUGGAAAGAGGAGAUUGGCGAAGAGCAAGUCGAAUUGGAUACAAAAGCCGAAGAACUCGAAGCUGCUGUGCAACGAGAGCUGGAACUGGAGCGAAUCGACGAACAAAUGGCUGCAUUGAAGAAGUUGAAUGAUAUGGAGAUUCAGAAGGAGAAACGAUUGAAUCAGGCGAGAGAGCGACGUCUGAAACGAGAAGAACCGGAAGAAGAGGAAGAUGAUGACGGAGAGGAUAUUGAUCUCGAUGCGCUCGAUUGGCGAGCAAAGAAUAUUUUCGCAUAAAAUAUAAUUUUCUCAAGAUGUUUCUCAACAUUUUAUUUUAUCUAAAUAUAAACUAAAUCUUUUUUC